UGUCUACCUCCUACUAGUCCUAGUUGGCAGCUCCAGGCGCCCUCCAAUGCCUCCACAGACCUGUUUCCUUUUGCUGACAGAUCUCUACGCACCUCCAACGAUAUUUCUGCGCUCCAGUUGCGCUCUGUCCACAAUGGCGGCCACCGUCCUCUCCCGCACCCUCGCCGCCGGCCCCUCCUUCCUCACCGGCUCCUCUGCCCACCUCCUCCAAACCCCGCAAUGCCGCAGUGCCCCGACCUUCAAAGCCUGCGGCGUGCGCGCCAAAAUGGCGGAGCCCACCGAUGAAGACAUGGCGAAUGUGGGCCUCGAUGACGUGUUCAACCUCAUUGACCAGGCCGAGAGGAACGACCCUUCCCCGGACGUCCGGAUUGAUUCCAAGCGGAGGCUUACCGGUUGGGCGAGGUGGUACAAGGAGUUUGGCAAGUCGCUUCCCAAGGGGGUCGACGCGACAAAGGCGCUGUACGGGCCCGAGCGGCCAAAGUGGAAGGGCGCUUUCACAUCGGCGGCGGACGUGCCGGACUACCUGAAGGGGCAGUAUGCUGGGGACUACGGCAUUGAUGUGUUGGGCUUCUGCAAGGACGAGAAGGCCUUCGCUAGGUUGAGAGCCCAGGAGCUUUUCAAUGCAAGGUGGGCGAUGCUCGGUGUUGUGGGCAUGCUGUACCCGGAGUUCUUCCCGGCGUCCGAGGGCUUCGAGCCGGUGUGGUUCAAGACAGGCGCGCAGAUCUUCGACCCGGCAGGGAUUGACUAUCUGGGAGCACCCAACGUGGUCAACGCACACAGCAUCAUCGCCGUUGCUGCAUUUCAGGCCGUGUUGAUGGGCGGUGCUGAGUUCGCCCGCCUGAAGGCGCCCAAAGAGAUGGACGGGCUUUACCCGGGGGGCAAGGCGUUCGACCCGCUCGGCUUCUCCACCGACCCCGAGUCGCUCGCAGAGCUCAAGGUGAAAGAGAUCAAAAACGGGCGGCUAGCGAUGCUCGCGGCUGCCGGCUUCUUUGCUCAGGGCGCCCUCACGGGGGUGGGCCCUCUCCAGAACCUCAAGGACUGGCUACACUUCUAGGGGACUCUGGCAGCCCGUAGUGGAACGAAAGCCGAGGGGGUGCGUACUGGUACUUGACUAUGUUGCGCUUAUGUGGCUACGGCUAGGCUUGUAGCAGCAAUAAGCUUAUAGUAAGCUCGCGAGCAAAGAAGCAGCGACCGCAUUGGUCGCACUGCGUGACGGAGCUCAGAAGAACGAUAGCACUCGAGUGUCAAGCGUUGCUUAGCCUUGCUCAAGUAUUUUUCGUUUCAAAUAUUGACUCACAAAUAAGACCUAGCAUAUGAUGACUCACUAUACUUAUUUGCCCUGAUGUCCAGUGAGCGCUCAUGCACAUAAAGACUGACGGCGGCCAAAGCUAGUGACAUCGACCUCAGUUGC